AGGCCAAGAUAGGCCUCAUCAACAACAACGACCCGGCAGCAGCGACAGCCCGAGUGACUUCUCCUGAUGCUGCCGUAAUGUUUAUGUUGAGAGAGCCUUUAGUGCCUGUAGCGGAGUUGUCAGCCAGCCAUUGAGCAUCGACUUACGUAGUAAAGUAAGCCCGAACUAAGUACUGCGCUAUCGCUUCUCACAGGCAAUGCCUGUUUGUGCAAAACAGACAUAGAACAAACUCGUUUGAGCGAUGCAUACAUAUCGACAACGAUCGCCGUCGAACAGUAAAUGGCGGCGAACGACAGGAACAAAAUGGCGAUUCCGGUGCUCAUUGAAUAGCGCCCUUCCACCUCCCGUCGUUAAGCUCAGGUUGAAGAAGAUUUGUGAAGACAAUCUUCAAUACGUUAACUUACUGUUGGAUAUAGCUGCCAUGCACCAUAUCGUUGUCAACAAUCGACAGCGCUUGCCGGAUAUAAUUUCAGCGGUUUGCCGAAGGCUUCUAAAGGCCAGCAAUGGAAUAAUCUACAAAUUGACAGUUUUCAGGUUAACGUCCGGAAUCUCCAUCAGCUUCAAUAGCACCAAAAGACUGGCCCUCAACACAAUGGGACCUUGGACACAAUCUAGGAUACAGGUUGCAUACGACCCUAAGGUUCCCAUACGAAUACAGUAGGACUGAACCAUUGUCAUAAGGACUUUCUUCAUUGUGAUACGAUCCGUCUGAAAUUUACUACCACCGAAAUACUUCCGCUGACUAACAGAAUGGCAAAUAUCAUUACCGCCGAAGGUAUCUGUGACAGGGCGUUCAUACGGAAGUUACCCCUAUAUUUGUGUUUGUAUAAAUGGCUCACUCUUUAUUAAAACUAAUAUUUUCCUAGUAUAUCAAGCGUGCUAACUGCGCACUGACAAUCAAUCCUAACGGAUUCAGUUAUUUACAGG